GGAAUUCCACAAGUGAGUUGCUUCCCCCCUUUCUUUUUGUGUGGAAAAUAGUUCCUGUUCCAAGGAGGAGUUCGAGUCUAACUACUAGGGCGAUGUUCCAGGUACUACCAGCUGCCGGAUCGCCCAGGUCUUCUGGAUCUGCCGCCGAGAUCGAGGUCAGAAGGAUUGGAGACGGCGGGUGCUGGCAGCAACGAGCCCCUGCCUCAGUCCUCCCGCGAUACUACUCUCACUGCCUUGGCCCAGCUGGGUGCCUUGAGGUUGGACGCCCGCCGGUGUAUGAUCUCCUUGUUCGACCGCCGCCAGCAGUAUAUUCUUGCCGAGGCAACUAAAACGCUCAGCCUGCAGGAUGACGGGGUCCAUCUGGACGGCGACGCUCUGUGGCUGGGCACCAGUGUCAUCAAUAGACAGGAUGGAGUCUGCCAGUAUGUCACCGACAAUACCAGUCUCAAUGCCGGCAAGGAUAGCGGAUGCUCCGAAGGCGACUUUGCCUUUGUGGUGCCGGAUCUGUCCAAGGACGAUCGCUUCAAAGACCGUUCCUACGUCGUCAACGCACCCUACCUGAGAUUCUACGCCGGUGUGCCCAUCUUCAGCCGCAGGGGAAUCACCAUCGGUGCCUUUGCCGUCAGUGACCCCAGGCCUCGUGAGAAUGGUCUCGACGCCCACUUGCUACGCUUCAUGAAGGACACCGCAGCCACCAUCAUGAACCACUUGGAGAUGGUUCGCCAUCGAGAGCAGAACCGUCGUGGCGCAAACAUGAUCGCUGGCCUCGGCAGUUUUGUCGAGGGUCGUGCCGUGUAUUCGGAGUCACACCACCGGCGUAACAAUAGUAACGGCACAGACGAUGGAACCGGUAGCACGGGGGGAUAUCGACACAGCCGCAAGGGCCCAUCACCACUAUUACCGCCAGCAUCGCCUUACAGCAAAGCAAACUCGUCUCCCAGGGAGUCCUCGAGUUAUCCAUUCCCGUUUGUGUCAGAUCGCACUCUGUUGGACAUCCCCUCGCGGAUUUCAUCCUCGCGAGCAACCCACAAGGAUGACACUUUGUCAGCGGGUAGAAAAACGAUCUUCGUGCGAGCAGCGAAUAUCAUCCGAGAAUCUCUCGAAGUUGAAGGCGUGGCCUUCUUGGACGCAGGGGCAGGGUCUUAUACCGACCUAGAACAAAACACCGAUGACAGAGCAUCCGAUCCCGAAAGCAGUGGCUCCGGAGAUAUCAAUUCGGGGAGCGAGCGCGAAGGCAACAACCAUACACACUCUUCAGCCACCGAAACGGACGACGCGGGCAACUGUACAGUCCUUGGCAUGUCUGUCUCCUCCGAGCAUCACACCGACUCAGGCGAUGAUCUAGCAGAUCAGGGCUCUAUGCGGGAAUCCUUACUCAAGAUCUUAUUACGAAAUUACCCUCGCGGCGGAAUCUUCAACAUUGAUGAAAAUGGUUCGAUCUCCUCCAGCGAAGGCAGUGACACUGCUCCGGGGAGCACAGUGACCCGUGAUGUGAUCGGUCGCCGCCAGGACGGGUCUCAGACAUUCGAACAGUGGUCACGGCACAAAAGGGUCAAAGGCAGCCUCAAGGAAGAGAACAAGGCAAUUCUCAAAGCCUUCCCGCGAGCCCGGAGCAUUGCCCUUUUUCCGAUGUGGGACACGCGGCGCAACCGGUGGUUCGCUGGCCUAUUUGUCUGGACCACAUCCUCGCGGAUCUUCAGUUUGAGUGGCGAGGUGGCGUACCUGUACGCCUUCUCCAACAGUAUCAUGGCCGAGAUCGAUCGGUUUGACGUGGAGCUGUCCAACAAAGCCAAAGCGACGCUGGUCAGUAGCAUCUCUCAUGAACUCCGCAGCCCGUUGCAUGGCAUCCUCGGAAGCACCGAACUCCUGAGUGACUCGUCGUUGACACCGUCUCAACACGCCAUGGUUCACACCAUCGAACACUGCGGUCGCACCCUUCUCGAUAUCAUCAACAACAUGCUGGAUUUUGCGAAGAUUAACGACUUCCUGCGCAAGUCUCGCCGUUCCCGGCGGAAGAAAAAGAACCACCUUCCUGCCAGGUCACAGAUACCGGUACCUCUAGGAUCGAAGACAACACCUGUCAAUGGUAUGAUCAAUCUCAUCUCCGAUGUCCAGCUCGACAUGGUGCUUGAAGAAGUGGUGGACAGUAUAUUUGCCGGACAUUGUUUCUACACCGGGAACACUUCGCGCUCCAGUCUCCUUCGCAUACCGGAGAAGGCUGGCGACCUUUCUGGCGACUUUGUCCGGACACAGAGCAUGCCAUCGUUCAACGAGUCUCUCACCAUCAUCUACGAGGUGGACCCUGGCAUCGAAUGGAUCUUUGAGACAGAGGCCGGCUCCUGGCGGAGAAUACUCAUGAACCUGUUUGGGAAUUCAAUGAAAUACACCCGAGAGGGCUAUAUCCUGGUCUCCCUCAAGGCAUCCCCCGUUCCACAGGUAUCCAAACAAAAGGGGUACCAUCUUGCAGACACUCCAAAGACGGAGAUGCAGCGUGUGACUCUUGUCGUCAAGGACACCGGCCAGGGUAUCGAAAAGGAAUACUUGAAGAACGGCAUUUUCAAGCCCUUUUCCCAGGAGAAUACUCUCUCGCCAGGCAGCGGGCUGGGCCUGAGCAUUGUGCACCACACCGUGCACUCGAUGAAUGGCAAGAUCGACAUCACAUCUACGAAAGGCGUGGGCUCAGAGAUCACAGUGAGUAUUGACUUGCCGUUUGUCGGGUACUCUCGCGUCGCAGGAGGUGAUCAAACUGCACUAGCGGAGAUUAAAGAAGCGAAACGGAAAGCCAGCGGCAAAUCUAUCGGCCUCGUGGGCUUUGAUUCAUCGGCCGGUGUCGAUUCCGAAGCUCGGGGCCUGCUUCGGUCGUCGCUGACCCGGCUGUGUCAGGAGCAGUUCGGUAUGCAUGCGUCCGUUGUUUCGUUGACAUCCAAUGAUCCUGUUCCCUGUGACCUCUAUCUGGUCAAUAGAUCCGAGCUGGAUCUACUUGAUAAAUUUAGGAGGCUGCCAGGCACGGAAGACUCGCACCCGCCCGCGCCGGCAAUUGUCAUCUGUCCAACCCCUCAAACCUCGCAGCAGCUGUCUACCAGGCUGGAUCAGCCACAUAAGUCGGGACCGAUAGACAAGUACAUCACUCAGCCAUGCGGUCCGGGAAAGCUAGCCAAGGCGCUCCUCUCGGUCAUCCAAGACCAAGAUCAACGCCCCCCUGCCUCUUCCGAGGUAGGAACAGAGGACAGAGCGAGACCCCGCGUUGUAACAUUCGACUUGAAGGACGAUUUUGCCGUGGCCGAGACUGUGGUGCAGGCCAAAAAGGCCGUGGACCCGGUGACCAUCACGACGGUGCCGAUAGACGAUCCCAGUCCCGGCAGUAGUCCUCCAGAGACAGUCUUGGUCCAACAGGUCCAGGUCGCAAGCAAACCGGUGCCAACAGUCCUGCUUGUUGACGACAACGACGUGAACCUCAAGCUCCUGGUUGCUUUCAUGAAGAAGGCGAAACUAGCCUAUAUGACUGCCACCAACGGGCUGGAGGCAUUGGAAACCUUCAAGGCGAAUCCGAACAUAAUCAAAGUCAUUCUCAUGGAUAUCUCCAUGCCCGUCAUGGACGGUCUCGAGGCGACGCGGGAAAUCCGAUUCUUCGAGAAACAGUACCGAGACACCAACAACGCCCCUAAAAAACCGCUGGAACCAGCCGUCAUCAUCGCCCUGUCGGGACUGGGCAGCGCUGCUGUCCGCCAGGAAGCGACGAGCUGUGGGUUCAAUCUGUUCCUCUCCAAGCCUGUUCGCUUCCGGGACCUCCUUCGGCAGAUUGAGGAUUAUGUCAAGUAAAUCAGUUCUUGGUUUGGUUGUAGCGGAGUUCUCUCCUGUGUUAAUACCUGUUUAAUACCUGUUUGAUAUGCCUUUCAUACCAUAUACGUGUCUGGUCGUUACAUACCAGUUCUUGAAUAUGAUCUCUUCUAUCAAAUCUUGUGGGGAUUUCUCUCUUCCUUAUAUUUUCCUCUUAAACAUAUGCCUGUGUGUAUAUGUAUUAUGACCACAUAUGAUAUAAAGGUCUAGAGCAGACGUGGAUGGGGUUGAGAUAGACUUACCAUAUUAUUAGGGUUUAUAUCUAAUUAUAUAGACAGUUCCUUUCACAGUACAGUGAACAGAAUAGCAAUAUAUAUAUAGUGGUUUGACGCUACUGAG